AGCACCCAUCUCUCUGCUMAYGGAACACCGAUGACARAGCAGGCUCUCUACCUAAAAUCUAUCGAUCUCGAUCCAAAYAAUGCCYACGCUUACCACAACUUAGCCACCACUCUUUCAGGUGCAGCACCCAUCUCUCUGCUYAACGGAACUUCGAUGACAAARCAGGCUCUCUACCUAAAAGCYAUCGAUCUCGAUCCAAACAAUGCCCMCGCUUACCACAACUUAGCYACCACUCUUUCAGGUCAAACUCCCAUCUCUCUGCUCAAUGGAACACCGAUGACARAGCAGGCUCUCUACCUAAAAGCCAUUGAUCUCRGUCCAAAURAUGCCCAAGCUUACUACAGCUUAGCCAAUACUCUUUCAGGUACAGCACCUAUCUCUCUGCUCAACGGAACACCGAUGACAAAGCAGGCKCUCUAYCUAAAAKCYAUYGAUCUCGAUCCAAACAAUGCCCMCGCUUACCACAACUUAGCCACCACUCUUUCAGAYAAUGCCCYYGCUUACYACAACUURGCUACCAYUCUUUCAGGUCAAACUCCCAUCUCUCUKCUCAAUGGAACACCGAUGACAAGACAGGCUCUCUACCUAAAAGCUAUCGAUCUCGAUCCAAAYAAUGCCYACGCUUACCACAACUUARCCAAUACUCUUUCAGGUACAGCACCUAUCUCUCUGCUCAACGGAACACCGAUGACAAAGCAGGMUCUCUACCUGAGAGCUAUUCAUUUUAAUCCAGGUUUUGCUGCGGCUUACUACCGCUUAGCCAAUACUCUUUCAGGUACAGCGGCCAUCCUUCUACUCGAUGAAACACUGAUGACAAAGCAGGAUCUCUACCUGAUGGCUAUUGAUUUUAAUUCACAUUUUGCUGAGGCCUACUACCAGUUAGCCAAUACUCUUUCAGAUCAAACACCCAUUUCUCUGCUCAACGGGAGAUUGAUGACAAGGCAAGCUCUCUAUCGGAAAUCCAUCAAGCUCGAUCCCAAUGGUCCCCUGGCUUAUCACCGCUUAACUGCUUUAAGCAAACGAUCU